AUGGAAGCGCUUCUAGAAGAGGCUCCCGGGAAUCCAUUGGAACCUGAAAGCACAAGCAAGUCCCUAAAUGACAGCCACCUAGAUCUCCAGGAAGACAACAGGAAGAACCUGGAUAAAGGGGAGGCAGAUAACCAGACUGAUCACGGAACAGCUAACCAGGACUAUGACCAAAAAGUAUCUGGCCAGACUCAACCCAUCAUAUUUGGCCAAGCAGACCACAAAGAGUCUGAAUACAGUGAGCACAGAAUAUCUGAUGAGGCUGAGCUCAGAGCAUCCAACAGUUAUAAAGUUGCUCAACACACAGGAAUUGAUCAGUUUAACCAAACAAUGUCUGAACAGAUGGCCAGCAAGGCAUCUCACCAAGCCCAUCAUGUAGAAUCUGAGCCAACUGACAGUUGGAUGCCUGUUCUGCAUAAAGCACUAACCUCUGAACAGACUGACCACAGAUUCUCUGGUCAGGCUGACCGAAGAACUUCUGAACAGAUUGACCGCAGAUUGUCUGGCCAAACUGACCGAAGAACCUCUGAACAGAUUGACCGCAGAUUGUCUGGCCAAACUGACCGAAGAACCUCUGAACAAAUUGACCGCAGACUGUCUGGCCAGGCUGACCAAAGAACCUCUGAACAGAUUGACCGCAGAGUGCCUGGCCAGGCUGACCAAAGAACUUCUGAACAGACUGACCACAGAUUGUCUGACCAGGCUGACCAAAGAACUGCUGAACAGAUUGACAGCAAAAAGUCUGGUCUGGUUGACCAAAGAACUUCUGAACAGAUUGACAGCAGAAAGUCUGGUCUGAUUGACCAAAGAACUUCUGAACAGAUUAACAGCAGAAAGUCUGGUCUGGUUGACCAAAGAACUUCUGAACAGAUUGACAGCAGAAAGUCUGGUCUGGUUGAACAAAAAACUUCUAAACGGUUUGACAAUAGAUCAUCUGACCAAAUUGGCUACAAAACAUCUGUAAAGACUCACCACAAAGUAUAUGGCCAAAUUACUGAGCUAACUGAAAACCAGGUUGCUGACCAAGGUAAGAGCAGUACUCAGCACCCUACAGUUGACAAGCCUGACUACAGUGCGUCUGACCACGUUGACGAAGAAGAUGAUGACACAGACAACAACCAGUCUGACUAUGGAGAAAGUAACCAGUAUGAUGACAGAAUAUUUACCAAUAAGGAAGACAAAGAGGCUGACUUCAGUGUACAACCCGGCAAAUUAGAGACUAACCAAACAGACCGCAGUGAUUCCAUGGUUUCAGCUGUAUCUAACUCUGAAAGUGCAACCUUUCUGGAAGCAUUCAACUCAUUUGAUUCCAGGUUCAUCAAUAAGUUCCAAGGAAAAGGCCAAAGAUUUUCCCAAGCAUUCCCCUCCAUCACAGCCAAAUUGGACUAUAUCAUCAGUCAAGAAAAAAGUGGAAUCCUAGUAACCGAUCCUAACGAUAUUUCAGAAUACCAAGAUGGGAACAGUUCUCAAGCUCACAACCAAACUUAUUGGAAGAAAUUCCCUUCUCUGGUUUAUCAAGAUCCUUAUCAAAUUUCACUACAAUACAUGGAGAAACACCACAUUCUGCAAAUAUUCCAGCAGAUCACUGAAAAUUUAGUUUAUGAAAAGCCGGAUGACCCCCUGAGUUUUAUGUUGUGCCAGAUCUCUUGCCCCUUAGUCUUUGGACCACCUCAGUGUGAGUAUUACUUGGUCAAUGGCUAUCCCCCAUAA